UUAGACUCUCUGAUGCCUUGUCCUGUCUACUACAUUACAGUGAUCUCAGUACAGCUUUGUAUGCACAUCAUGAUAUAGAAAAUAUUUUGGGACUCACAGCCCUCAGAUUGACUUUGUGCUCUCAGCUGGAACUCUGUAUCAAGGAGGAUGUUUUCAGUGACAAGGGCGCUCUGACACACACACCUGCACACACAUGGGCAGGUGCACACGGACUGGCACACCCUCAGCCUGCCCAUUCGGAGUAGGAAGGAAUCGUGGACGUUUGAUUCCUGGAUGCAGACCGAUGCUGCACACAUCCUUGCGAAGCUGUUGGAUUCUAAAAGCAGUGUUCACACCUAAACAGGUGACAUCAAAGAGUACGUGGCUUCCAUUUCUUAGGACGUCAUAGCCAUGGGAUCUUAGAAUAACUCUUGGCAUUGAAGUUGAAAAAUUGGAUUGCUUCCUCCAAACCGUCAUCACUUACUCUCAGGAGUGCUUUGUAUUCACCGAUUAGCUCUAGCUCGGUUCGCGGGACACUCGGAUGGCAUAUUCCCACUGUUCUUUAGCCCCCCUACUUCCAGGCAUUCCAUCCUCAUUGCUGCAGAACCAGAAGCGCUGCAGCUGCAGCUGUCAGGACCCUAAUCCCUUCUGCUUGGAGUUCCUGCCAGCGGGUACAGUAGUGAACCGCGUGCUUUGGUGCUCCCGUUUCAGGCACCAGAGGUCUCAGCCGCAAAACAAAAGUUGUGGAUGAGAUAAAUUUUACCUUCUAGAAACUCAGCUAACCCAUUAGUUCUGAAGAAAUGAUCAAGAAAAUAUCAAAAUAUAGCCACCCAGUAAUUCAUCAUUUGAUGGAUACAGAGGGUAAAGAAGAGACAAGAGGUGACCAGGAUGACAAGCAGGCAGUUGCAGAGAUCAUGGCAAGAUGUUUUACUCCAACACUGAUAACAAACAUUCCCUGGGAAGGCUUCCGUUUUGUUGGACAUGAGAUUCGGAUUGCUGAAGCCACAGAUUGUUAUGGCGCUGUAGUUUGGCCCUCGGCCCUUGUUCUGUGUUAUUUCCUGGAAACAAACGCAAAGCAAUAUAAUAUGGUUGACAGGAACGUGAUUGAAAUUGGAGCUGGAACAGGGCUGGUCUCCACUGUGGCAAGUUUGCUCGGUGCUUCUGUGACUGCCACAGAUUUACCCGAAUUACUUGGAAACCUGCAAUAUAAUAUUUCCCGAAACACUAAAAUGAAAUGCAAGCAUUUGCCUCAGGUUACAGAACUCUCCUGGGGAGUCGCUUUAGAGAAGAAGUUCCCCAGGUCUUCUAAUGAUUUCGACUACAUCCUGGCAGCGGAUGUCGUCUACGCUCAUCCUUUCCUGGAAGAACUCCUUGUUACCUUUGACCAUCUGUGCAAAGAAACUACCAUCAUUCUCUGGGCUAUGAAAUUUAGGCUGGAGAAAGAAAAUAAAUUUGUAGAUAGAUUUAAGGAGUUGUUUGACCUGGAAGAACUCUCCAGUUUCCCAAGCCUGGAUAUUAAGUUGUAUAAAGCUAUGAAGAAAAAUCAGAGGAGUGCAUGACACAUUAAGAUGAGAGCUUGGAAAUGCUAAGGCUGUUUCUAGAUUAUUACUUUAAAGAAAGCCUGAAUGAUCUGAUGUACCACUGACUUUCCCAAGAGGAAACACACACACACACACACACACACACACACACACACACGAGUCUACUCUAGGCAGAGAUAUUUCCACACACAACAGGUAUCUCUGUAGGAUUUGGGGUUCCUCAGUCUACCUCCAUCAGGACCCAAGGUCUCCUAGUUACACGGUGGUAGGAACUCUGGCAAAGUUGCACCAUGGGGUCGUUGUCUGCUCUCUUCAUCCCUCUAUAGAACCAUUUCCUACUACUAUUAUUAUUAUUUAGAAAUAGUGCAAUUAUUCCUCAAUGUGUAAUUGUGAAAUAAUAGUGUGAAUAAUGACAUGUCUAAAAUGAACAUUGUUAAUUCUUUUAAACACAGGGUCGAAUGACUAUCCCUUCAGAAAUAAAGAAACUGACCAUGAUAGGAUCUGCAGAUAAAUCUAAAAAGGCAGAUACAAAACAAUGGUAGAUAUCAUACUUUUGUGGUUUCCAGUGGUGCCAGCCUGUCCCUUCUGCUUGGCAGGCUGGGCCUCCAGUCUGACCCCUUGAAGUCAGCCAAGCAUUUGGAUUCAAGGUUGUGGACAAGGACAUUUCAUUCUACUAAACAAAAAAUGGAUGGAAGCAACAUAAGAAUAGUUGAGACUUUAGAAGAGUUAUUGUUUUAUUUUUAAAUCAAGUAAAGUGAAUUCAUUUCACAGAAACAGAAGAAAAAACCCCAAAAACUUUGGGUUGGAAGUACAUGAAAAGAUUUAGGCCUCUAAUUGGUUUUAAAGUUUAAAGCUCUUCUGAUGAACAUAUAUAGACCUAGAUAUUUGAAUCCUAUGUGAUUUUUCUCUAACAGAGGCCUCAGAGAUUAGCAUGAAGUCUAAAGUAAUUAAAGUCAACACAAAAAGAGCAAACAGCUGGGAUUUCA